AUGGCGCCGUGGAGGAUGGUGAUUAGCGUCGUGCUGAUGGCGAGCUUUGUGGCUGCGCACGAUGCCGACUGGUGGGCCCCGGUCAAGGUGGAGAUGGCGGGGUCGAAUGAGCUGCAUCUUCAAGUUGACGGCUUUGCUGCCCCAUUGCGCUUGGGCCCGAGCAGCGUCGUGAGACCUGGCCUCGUUGUCUGGCAUCACACCGACAUGGGUGUGAAGCGACACCAGUUGAACAGCUCGCGUCUUUGGGAGGCCCGUGACCAGCCCUGCCUCUUCGCUGGCAACCGGGCCGUCGCCCAGGCCCACGUCUUGAUGUUGGAUGCAGAGGGCCAACGUGUGCAGGCCAUGAUGCACGUUGACAACCGCGUGCUUCACGUUGAGCCUCACAACGCCACCCACCACCACCUGUUUUGGCGUCACACAGCCGUAGCCCGUGAGCUUGACGCUCGGUUGCGCCGGUCAUCAGAGGCUGGCUUUUGCGGGCUAGCGCAGAGUCGAGCACCGCCUGAGUCCCGGGAUCCUCAAGUUCUCGCAGCGAGGGCAGCUGAAGGUCGCUGGCGGCGAUCCAGCUGCACGGGCAAAUGCACCUGUCCCAUGUUGUUGAUGGCAGACCACCGUUAUCACCAGGCCAUGGGCGGUGACGUCGACGUUACUGUUGGCCUCAUGAUUCAAGCGCUGUCCGAUGUCGAUGUGAUCUACCGCAAUUCUGCCUUUGGAGGUACCACAAAUUAUGGUCUUUCCGUGGCCGAAGUUCGGGUCUACGCCUCCCCGCAGGCUGCCGGCAAUCCCGUCGCCAAAAGCGCAUACACGGCAGACGCCUUUUUAGAAGCCUACUCCACUUCCGCCUACGGAGCAAAUGUAUGCCUGGCCCACAUGUUUACCAAUUACGAUUUCAGCGGCAUCCUAGGCCUGGCUUGGGUGGGCACCGACACCGGCGCAGGCAUCUGUGACACCCGUGGCUAUAACACCGGCUUUACCACCGUCUCCACGUUUGGCUCUCGCGUUUCGUCGGCGGUGGCGCAGCUAGUGUUGGCCCACGAGUGA